UCCAUGUGGAAACAGUCAGAGCAUAAAAACUAGAAACAAGCUGCAGCUUUUUUAAUAUUCAACAGUUUCUAUCUGCUUAUUCCGACGGAGCCAUGGACGAAGUGACGGGAGCCCAGCUGAUUGCUGAGUCGCUGAAAGCGCAGAAAGUGGACUACAUGUUUGGGAUUGUGGGGGUCCCUGUCAUUGAGGUGGCCAUGGCUGCUCAGGCUGCUGGCAUCAAGUUUGUGGGAAUGCGCAACGAACAAGCGGCCUGCUAUGCAGCCAGUGCCAUUGGAUAUUUGACUGGGAGGCCAGGUGCCUGCUUGGUCGUGUCCGGACCAGGUCUCAUCCAUGCUCUGGGGGGAAUGGCCAAUGCAAAUGUGAACUGCUGGCCAGUGGUUGUUAUUGGAGGGUCCUCGGACAGAAAUCAAGAGACAGCAGGCGCUUUUCAGGAGUUCCCUCAAGUGGAGGCGUGUCGACUAUACAGCAAGUUCUCUGCAAGGCCCAGCAGUCUAGAAGCCAUUCCCACAGUGAUCGAGAAGGCUGUACGGACAAGCAUAUAUGGACGCCCAGGUGCCUGCUAUGUGGACAUUGCUGGGGACAUGGUCAAUGCUAAAGUGGACAGGAGCAGAGUCAGAGAAGUGUCCUGCUGUCCCCCUCCACCGGUGAGUGUGGCUGACCACGAGGCAGUCACAGAAGCCGUGUCUGUGCUAAAAGCAGCAAAAUCACCCUUGGUAAUUGUUGGAAAAGGAGCCGCCUAUGGCAGAGCUGAGGCUGCGCUGAGAGAGUUUGUGGAGAUGUCUGGUCUGCCGUUUCUGCCCACGCCCAUGGGAAAAGGUGUCCUACCAGAUGAUCAUCCCAACUGUGUGGCAGCUGCUCGCUCCAGAGCUCUCCUCCAGGCCGACGUCGUGCUUCUGCUUGGGGCCAGACUCAACUGGAUUUUGCACUUUGGCCUGCCGCCCAGAUUUAAUCCAAAUGUUAAAGUCAUUCAGGUCGACCUUUGUGCAGAGGAGAUGGGCAACAAUGUGAAGCCAGCUGUUUCUCUCCUGGGAGACGUCAAUGCUAUCGUCAACCAGCUCCUUAAAUGUGUCCAAAAGGACGGCUGGCGAUAUCCCUCAAACACAGAGUGGUGGAGCGCAUUGAAGGAGAAGAUUGUUUCUAAUGCCAAAGCAUCAAAGGCUCUUGCUCUUGAGGUCAGAGUGCCGAUGAACUACUACAUGGUGUUCCAUCACAUUUCGCAGCUGCUGCCCCAGGACUGCAUCAUCGUCAGCGAGGGCGCCAACACCAUGGACAUCGGACGCACUAUGCUGAAUAACUACCUGCCCCGGCACAGGUUGGAUGCGGGCACCUUUGGCACGAUGGGCGUCGGCCUGGGAUUUGCGAUAGCAGCAGCUGCUUUGGAGAAAAGUGCAAACAGCGGGCGGCGGGUGGUCUGUGUGGAGGGAGACAGCGCUUUUGGAUUUUCUGGCAUGGAAGUGGAAACCAUGUGCAGGUAUCAGCUUCCUGUUGUCAUCAUCGUGGUCAAUAAUAAUGGAAUAUACAGUGGGAUGGAUCCUAAGACGUGGAAAGAAAUGUCACAGAUGGGAGAUCUGACCGCAAUAGCUCCUCCUGUGUCGCUGUUACCAGAAGCCCGCUACGAUCUCAUCAUGACCGCGUUUGGAGGCCAGGGCUACCUGGUGAGGACGGUGCAGGAGCUGCGUGACGCCUUGCAGCGCAGCCUGAGUGACUGGGACAGGCCGAGCCUCCUCAAUGUCCUGAUUGAUCCUUCAUCAGACAGGAAGCAGCAGGAGUUUCCUUGGCUCACCCGCUCCAACCUGUAGACUCCAUCCAGGACAACAGUGACGGUUUUCUUCUGGAAACUCAUAAAAUGAAGCUGCGUUUGCAUGUAUGUGAUUUAUUUCCAUGAAAUAAUUCUAACUAGACUAUAAAAAAUAACAAGACAUUUUAUACAAUGCAGCACAAAUGUUAACAGAAUAUGUAUAAAGUGGGCUGCAGCUGCGAGCAGCUUGAACAGUUUUUGUCUUGAUUGUUUGGUACAUGUAGUGUCAAUAAAUAGUAAAUACAUUUCACUACAUUAUACAUCUGACUUUGUCUUGAUUUGCUUUGAUAAAAGGAAAAUAGAGAAAACCUUGAACCAUAAACAUUUCUUAUGAAGUAUAAGCUUGAGUGGAAAGAAUGAUAAAAAUAAAACUUAACUUUCUAAUUUGCUGGAUUUUAUCUGUACUUUUCUUUACAUCAGCUCAAGGAAAUUUUUUUUU